ACAAGAUGGCCCUUUCAUUAUUUCUCUGAAUAUAACUGAGUGCAUGAAGUGCACAUCAGCCAUAGUUGGGUAAAUGUUUUUAAUGUGUACACGCAGAUACGGAUGCUAAAAACAAAUACCCCUAAACUAAACCAAACACAAAUGCCCAUCUUAUAUUCACCACUUGUGCUGUAAAUCUCAAUAGAAAAAGCUCAGAAACGAUGUGACCCUGAGGGAAAACACAAAACAUAAUCCUUACAGCUAAAUUUGGUGGCGGUGCCAGCCAUCCCUCCCUCUAUCCCGUGCGUCUCGCGCUCACUUUGAUCAACGUAGGGCUCCGCGCAGUACGCGCUCGCUCCGUCGCGCACCUUUACCGGACUCUAUAAUCUGACACGGACUUCGGGGACAGUCUUAAAAUGACCGAACCACAGACACGACUUUAGAUUCAUCUCUCACGGACGCGCUCUGCUCCUCCCCAAAGAACCGGAACCAGCUCUGCGCUCUGGAGGGGGCACGAGAGGAGACCGAGGGGCACGCCGCUCACUUUUAAACGUUCGUAUUGUGUCUCUGGACAGUUUUCAUCAGGAAAACUUGAGUUAUGGGACGUGUCGGGGUUGUUUAUUACGCCGGGUGUGUUUUAAAACUUUUGAGUCAUUUACAUAAUGCUUACUAUAGUGGCUCACCAUGAAGCGCGAUUUAAGAUGCCACAGAAAAAGCUUAAAUGUUUUUAUAAAUGUGGUAUAAAGGCUGUACUGGACUUUUAGCUGAGAUUACAUUAACAGUAAUAUGUUGACGCGCCUUUAUUAUUAACAAAAGUCCGAGUCUUUUCAUGAAUAACUGUUCGGCGCUUGUUCACGUGCACGAUGUUAAAAGCUUGUUAACUUUUUGAAUGAUUUAAAAGAGACUCUUUUUAUAGUAUUUAAUAAUAACAAUAAUGAUUUUAUGAUUUGUUCGGAAAAGUGCACGAGUUUAGUGUUAAUGUUGCAUCAGUUUAGCGCGCGUGAACGCAGUUAUGUUAGGCAGUCCGUCUAAUAACGGAGGCAUUAGGAUGCUCGUCCCCCCCGCCAACAAUGACGACAGGCGGGUUGAGUUUGUGGCUCUCACGGCUGUUCAUACAGAAAGAAGCGAGCCAUCAUCCCCAGAGCGGGCUCACCCAUCUCAUCGCACCGGUUUACUGGGCACACCGCUGCCUGUACCACCGGGACCCAGGGCGACCCCUUCUGCCUCUAGCAAAAGCUACAGAAAGUUACAAAACUGCCUGUACAACGUGCUGGAGAGACCCAGAGGAUGGGCAUUCAUCUAUCACGCCUUCAUUUUUCUUCUGGUAUUGAGCUGUCUGGUGCUUUCUGUUUUCUCCACCAUCCCCGACCAUCAGAAAUUUGCCAAUGAGGCGCUCUUCAUUCUGGAGUUUGUGAUGAUUGUGGUUUUUGGCCUGGAGUACUUUGUGAGGAUCUGGGCUGCUGGGUGUUGCUGCAGGUACAGAGGAUGGCAGGGUCGAUUACGCUUCGCCAGGAAGCCCUUCUGUGUCAUAGACUUCAUUGUGUUUGUGGCGUCACUGGCAGUGAUAGCAGCGGGCACGCAGGGAAACAUCUUCGCUACAUCUGCUUUGCGCAGCAUGCGUUUCCUGCAGAUUUUGCGCAUGGUGCGCAUGGACCGGAGAGGAGGCACCUGGAAGUUACUGGGGUCUGUUGUAUACGCUCACAGCAAGGAGCUUAUCACAGCCUGGUACAUCGGCUUCCUGGUACUGAUCUUUGCUUCCUUUUUGGUCUAUUUGGCUGAGAAAGACAACAACCAAGAGUUUUCUACUUAUGCUGACUCCCUCUGGUGGGGAACAAUAACCCUCACUACAAUCGGCUACGGUGACAAGACUCCACACACCUGGCAAGGUCGACUUUUAGCAGCUUGCUUUGCUCUGUUGGGAGUGUCAUUCUUUGCACUACCUGCUGGCAUCCUGGGUUCAGGUUUUGCUCUAAAGGUUCAGGAGCAACACAGACAGAAACAUUUUGAGAAGAGAAGGACGCCCGCUGCCAACCUCAUACAGGCCGCAUGGCGUCUCUACUCUACAGAUGCUCAGCAUUCAUAUCUCACAGCUACAUGGUAUUUCUAUGACAGUAUGCUGCCGUCUUUCAGAGAACUGACAUUACUGUUCAGUCAUCUCCAACGGUCACGUAGCGCCAAGAAGGUUCUCCACAACUCCUACCAAACGUUGCUGUCGGGGCUCCGGCCUUAUAGCUCCCCCUACCUGUCGGGGGACAGUCAGCUCAUAUCUAAAAAGCGAGGUUUCUUCCGGAUUCAUGCUGGCAGUAAGCAGAGUGGGAAGCUGGGAUUCCGUGACCGCAUCAGGAUGAACAAUUCCCGUUCCUCUCAGGCGCUCCGCAGCAAGGCUUCUCCUCUUCCAUCCGGAAACGUGCGUCAGACGCCGAGCACGGAGAACGUUCCAGAAGCCACGAGUCCCAGUAAAGUCCAGAAAAGCUGGAGCUUCAAUGAUCGGACUCGAUUCCGUACCUCUCUCCGCCUGAAACCACGGCCUGCUGCAGAUGUGGAGGGAAUUGGAGAGGAGAACGCAGAAGACAAAUCUUACUGUGAUGUUGCCAUGGAAGACGUCAUACCAGCAGUGAAGACUUUAAUUCGAGCUGUUAGAAUUCUCAAAUUCCUGGUGGCCAAGCGGAAGUUUAAGGAAACCCUGCGGCCGUAUGAUGUGAAAGACGUGAUCGAGCAGUACUCUGCAGGACACCUCGAUAUGCUUGGCAGAAUCAAAAGUCUGCAGAUGAGGGUGGAUCAGAUUGUGGGUCGUGGUGCUAUUUCAGCAGAUAAAAAGUCAAGACCUGAGAAAGGAGAAAAAACUCCUCCUGAACUGGAUCAGAUGGAUGAAUUAAGCAUGAUGGGCCGUGUAAUGAAGGUGGAGAAGCAGGUGCAGUCAAUUGAAAACAAACUGGACCUUCUUCUCAACUUCUAUUCCCAGUGCCUAAAAAAGGGCUCGUCCCACUUCACGCUUUCCUCCCUGCUGGAACCCGACCUGACCUCCGACUACCACAGUCCCACAGAUCAACGUGACCUCUUCCCUUCUGCCAACACCCUUAAUAUCUCCCACUCAGACAGCGGCAACAUGGAAUGACCCAUGGGGAAACCGAAGAACUGAGAUCAUCCAGCAGCCCCACGCUGACUGUAGCAUCAUCAGGGCGCUCAUCCAAAGCCUAAAUACCUCCCUACACUAAACUUACACUACUACAAGUAUUAAAUCACAUGUCCUCAAAUAAAACUUUGCUGCAUCCUUGCAUGGGUUCUUCCUUUGCACAAUUGGAGAGUAGCAUCUUGUCUUGUUUUUCUAGAGUAUGCCUUGCAAACGCCCUGGUAUUUCAUAGUGUUUGGGUUUUUGAAGAUGCACAUUGGUAGUGGUAACACAAAUUGCCACCCAACUAUCAGGUUCCUUGUUGCUUUUCCUUUGAAAUGAUUCAGGACCGUUUUGAAAAAUUAAUAAUAAUACUGCUGGAUGAAGACAUUAUUGACGUUUACGUGGCAUUCUGUGGACUCCUAAUUCAGUCUUCCGAAAUACAUGGGGGGAAAAGUCACCUGACUGCUAUAAAACUGUCCCCUAUUGAAUUUCUUUCAAAUGAAUCAUAAUUUAUGCUGUUUCUUCCUGGAACUCUCAGUGCCAAUAUUGUUUCUUGGUUUUGGGUUUUUGAUAAUCAUGAGGUCCACAGAGCUAUUCUAUUUUUCUGUCUUGUUUUGUAUGAAAUCAGGGCAUUGUGAAUCUGUACUGAAUUUGAUUUUGGACACUAUUUCAUGGCCAUGGCCUUACACUUUGACCUGAUGCAACAGACCCCUUGUGCCACAAGAAGACAUUGAGCUUCUAUUGAAUGUACGAACAUACGGUACACUUUCUUUGUCUAUGUGUCGUGAACUGUGUCCUUCAAGAAUAUAACCUCACAGAACGAAGUACAGGACCGCAUGAUGGACUCAAGUGACCAAGGGGCAUUGGACAGCAGUUUCACCAAAGCAUCAUCUCCUGUCAUUUUUAUCUUGCAUGGUUUCCCAGCUCGUAAUUCUUGGCAUUUCAGGAAGGAAGAAAUUGGCCUUCGGGUUUCCUUUCUUCAUUGUGGUAACUCAUUGUUGGGUCACUCUCUUGUGCCACUGCAUCAUCAAGCCCACCAUGCAAAAAAGUGCAAAUAAACAAAUUAAAUGAUUCUUUAAAGAAAUAGCCAGCAUUAAAGUGCAUGUUAGAGGCGCGGUGCCUUGAAUAGUUCAGGCAAGUUUGAUUUCUUUUAGUGGGAUUAGUUAUAGAGGCAGUUCAUAUGCCCUUCUCUCCUCUAUGCCUUGAAGCCCAUUUCCUCAUUCUGCAUGUGCAUCAGGACUCAAACUGCUUUUCUAUAUUUCUCCCUUAAUGUGAGUCUAGAUAGAGAUUAGAUUUGGAUUAAGACUAAAGGUCUUUUACCUCACAAUGGCCUUGUUUCUUUUAUCAUCCUGGAGAGAUCAAUAGGUCAAAGAUGAUUUAUCUUGAGGACAGGGGUGGUCGGUUACUUUUCUUCCGAGGGGGGGCAAAUUCAAAAUAUGUGUUCAAAGUGUUGUGUGUGGCUCGUCAUGUGAACCUAUGUGCAUUAUGCGUCAUGUCAAAAUACGAGCCUGCUGCACACGCACCAAAGACACUAACUUAACACUAAACUCUGAUUACACAUGGCGUGCACACCAAAGCUUUUACGCCCGCGGUCAGCGCAUGUUUUCAAUUGUUACCAAUGGAAGCUCUGCGUUUUUCAAAUAAGCCAGCAGCUAGCGUUUUUUUUCACGCUGAAAGCCGCCUCUCGAGAGUUGAAAAAGAUUCAAAUUUGGGUGAAAAGCUCCGCUCGUAAAUGUCGGUUCUCACACGCCCGUCCAAUCACAGUGAAGGAGGGGCAGGACAAGUAUCACAACAACCAACAAGCUCACAACUCAAGUAUCACAGCUACCAAAGAAAGGUGGUGCUCAGCUGAAAAAACAGCUGGGAUUCGGCAUCCUCCAGGCGUUUUCAGCCGCGUUUAAAAGUUUUGGUGUGUACGCCCCCUAAGCAAGUAUCUGGGAAACGCGAGCGUCUCUUUUAUCAUAAACCCUUUCGGAGUGUCUGCAUAAGGCACGUAUUUUGACAUGACGCGUGAUGCACAUAGGUUAACAUGACGCGGCAAACUAAUUUUUUGACAUGACGCGUGAUGUACAUAGGUUAACAUAACUUGCCGAACACAUUUUUUGACAUGACGCGUGAUGCACAUAGGUUAACAUGACGCGGCAAACUAAUUUUUUGACAUGACGCGUGAUGUACAUAGGUUAACAUAACUUGCCGAACACAUUUUUUGACAUGACGCGUGAUGCACAUAGGUUCACAUGACGCGCCGAACGCAUAUUUUGACAUAACACGUGAUGCACAUAGGCUCACAUGACUUGUCGAACACAUAUUUUGACAUGACGCGUGAUGCACAUAGGUUCACAUGACGUGCCAAACACAUAUUUUGACACGAAGGUUAACAUGACCACACAUAUUUUGAAAUGACGUGUGAUGCACAUAGGUUCACAUGACCCGCCGGACACAUAUUUUGACAUGAUGCGUGAUGCACAUAGGUUCACAUCACCCACCGAACACAUAUUUUGACACGACUCGUGAUGCACAUAGGUUCACAUACGUGCCAAACACAUAUUUUGACAUGACGCAUGAUUCACAUAGGUUCACAUGACCCGCCGGACACAUAUUUUGACAUGACGCGUGAUGCACAUAGGUUCAUAUGACCCGCCAAACACAUAUUUUAACACGACUUGUGAUGCACAUAGGUUCACAUGACGUGCCGUACACAUAUUUUGACAAGACGCAUGAUGCACAUAGGUUGACAUGACGUGCCGAACGCAUAUUUUGACAUGACGCGUGAUGCACAUAGGUUCACAUGACCCGCCGAACACAUAUUUUGACACGACUUGUGAUGCACAUAGGUUCACAUACGCGCCAAACACAUAUUUUGACAUGACGCAUGAUUCACAUAGGUUCACAUGACCCGCCGGACACAUAUUUUGACAUGACGCGUGAUGCACAUAGGUUCACAUGACCUGCCAAACACAUAUUUUGAAACGACUUGUGAUGCACAUAGGUUAACAUGACGUGCCGUACACAUAUUUUGACAAGACGCAUGAUGCACAUAGGUUGACAUGACGCGUCGAACGCAUAUUUUGACAUGACGCGUGAUGCACAUAGGUUCACAUGACUUGCCAAACACAUAUUUUGACACAAACGUUAACAUGACCACACAUAUUUUGACAUGACGCAUGAUACACAAAGGAUCACAUGAUGCGCCGAACACAUAUUUUGACAUGACGCAUGAUGCACAAAGGUUCACAUGACCCGCCGAACACAUAUUUUGACAUGAAGAUGGGCUAAAUACAUGUUUUCAUGAGCUACGCAUCGUGCCCCCUCGAAAAAAAGUCACCCGGCCAUCACCGCUUGAGGAUUUAAUUUAUCUCUCAGGCAUGGUGACAUACUUACCAUACAUUGUUUUUGGUAUAAAACACUAUAAUUGUCAUGUUCUAUUCACACGUGUCCUUAACCUCAGCCAUGUACAGCCCUUAUUCAGGAUUGAAAAGUAAAAAAAAGGUGUCAUUGAGAAAGGCAUUAGUCUGAGUGCAUGAACUCAACAUUAGUAUCUAUGCAUGCAGUUUUGGGAAAGGUUCCAGCUAUAUUGGAGAUGCUGUAGCCGGCUCGGUUAUACAGCAGAACGCAUGGAGGCGAUUUUAGGGAAAACAGCCCUCCUCUGCCUUACUGACACUGCUAGAGCACACAUAUCACGUGUUUACGGUACAACAGUGGACCUGAGAGAUUGUUUAGGCCACUAGUCAUGGCAUUAUUUCAUUAUCUAAUGGGCAGAACUGGACUGUAGAAUUUAAGCAUAGUUUUUUACAUUUCCUUUGCACAUUUACAAAUACAAGUAAAUAUAUGCUUGUAGAAAGUAUAAUUUCCCUUUAGAAAUUCUGCAUUUCGUUCUACUGUUACAAAUUAUUUAAAUCAUUCUUGUUUUGGUAUUUUUAAAUGUUUUUCUGUGAAUUUCAUCUACACAUGCUCGAACUUCUCUGUCCCUUUAAACAGAACACUGAACCUUUCAGGCAUUAAGUAAUAUAUAUAAUAUAUUUUUUGUCCUUAUGACAUGAUUGGUAACUGCUGAUGUAAGAAAUAACUUGAUCUAUAAUAUGUAUGUUUAACUCUGACAUGAUUGUAAAAUUAAUAAAUCCAGAUUUUCUUAAUGAAAAAACA